AGGAGCCGGAUCGGACGGCCGAGAUCGGCCCGGACACGUAUCGGGCGCGCGCACGAGUCCCUGGAGGAACGAACCUCCUUGCCCCGCCCGGCCGCCCAUAUAAACGACGGCCCGCCCUUGCACUGCUCGUACCACUCGCCUCGCAUCGAAUCGAUCGCUCUUAUCGCCUCGAACGUAUCGAAGCCCAGGAGAGGAGAGCGGAGCAGCCGACGAGCCGCCGAUCGACAUGGGUCUCAAGGAGGAGUUUGAGGAGCACGCGGAGAAGGCCAAGACGCUGCCCGACACCACCACCAACGAGAGCAAGCUCUGCCUCUACGGCCUCUACAAGCAGGCCACCGUCGGCCCCGUCAACACCGCCCGCCCCGGCGGCCUCUUCGAUAUGGCUGGCAAGGCCAAGUGGGAUGCUUGGAAGGCCGUCGAAGCCAAAUCCAAGGAGGAGGCCAUGGCGGACUACAUCACCAAGGUGAAGCAGCUGCUGGAGGAGGCUGCCGCCGCAUCCGCUUAAUCCUAGGCCACAAGACCGCAAUCGCUAUUGCUAUCCUGGUGGUGCAGACAUGUGUGCCAGCAAACACAAAUAAAUUUCAAGUACUAGUUGUUGUCGAGCUUAUCGCCGUCGUGGGUGUAAUUACGUUGAACAAGAAGCCCUGUGAUACAUGAAAGUGCAAUCUCAGUUUACGCCAUGAUUGAUUAAUA